GUGAUAGCGUGGCCCGUGUUAUCAAUUAACCCAAAACAAUAAUAUUAAGCAUCAAACAACAUCAAAAAUUAAAAGAAUAAUAAUACUGUGUUCUGUGGCAACGCUAUCUUUCUUAGUUCAUUUUGAUAAUAUAAUUUAUUACAACUAAUAUUAAUGUUAAAUAAUAAAUUUGGAAUUGGUUUUAGAAUAAUAAUUUUAACAAAAAGUGAUUUUUUAGCUUUCUUAAAUUACUCAAGAUUAUCUCACAUUCUAUUUUUUGUUGUAGUGUUUUGCAUUGUUUGCAGUGUGAAUGAACGAAACGUGCAACAACAAUCUCAAAGACAUAUUAUCGACAGGAAUCGAAAAAGACAUACUGAAUAUGGCUAACUACGAAGUGGAUGUAUUGGAAAUGGCUAACAGAAAAUUUAACCUAUUGGAAAUUGACACUAUAGAGCCAUUUGUUGGCUGGAAAAUUGCUGAUCAUGUACUUGAAUCAUACAAUCUAAAUUGCGCAAUAACCCGGAAAAAUCCUCAAAAAGAAUGGUUUAGAAACAAACUCAAAGGCGACACACAUAAAGACAAAUCAAAUAUUCAAACUGAAAGAGACAAAUUAAUUGGGGAUGUCUUCAAAAGGAACACAGAAACCGUUAAUCAUGAACAGUUUGAAUGUGGACUAACGAAUGACGUUGAAAAUCUAAGACGUUUGUUCGAGUGUAACGCGUGUCACAAGAUGUUUAUUACCAAAAGUAAAAUCAUGAGUCAUUUUGCAAAAAAACACAUGUCUUGUAAUACAAAGCCAAAGCCCUGGCUUAGAAAAACAAUAGACAAGAGUCCGGACAGCAGUAAACAAAUUGUCAACAGUAUUGAAAGCAAUUCUGGAGGUGUUGGACAUAUUGACAAAUCAAAUAUCAAAACUACUAUAGACAAAUUAAAUGAACACGUUUUCGAACUGAAAAUGAAAAUCAUACAUGAUGAACAGGUCGGUUCUAGAAUAACGGAGGACGUUGUAAAUCUAAAAAGUUUGUUCAAAUGUAACGCGUGUCCAAAGAUGUUUAUUACCAAAAGUAAAAUCAUGAGUCAUUUUGCGAAAACACACACGUCUUGUAUUACAAAGCCAAAGCCCUGGCUUAGAAAAACAAUAGACAAAAGUCUGGACAGCAGUAAACAAAUUGUCAACAGUAUUGAAAGCAAUUCUGGACACGACAGACGUAUCGACAAAUCGAAGACUAAAACUGAAAGAUACAAAUCCACUGGCCGUGUGCUCAAAACGGAAAUAGAAACCGUAGACAAUAAACAGGUGGAUUCCGGACUAACGAAGCAUGUAAAUCCAACACGAUCGUUCGACUGCAACACGUGCCAGCAUAGGUUUGCUACCAAAAAGCAUAUCGUCCGUCAUUUUGUGAAAUCGCAUACAUCUUGUAACGUAAAGCCAAAACCCUGUCUUAGAACGACUGGAGACGAAAACGAGUACAGCAGUGGAAAAGCGUACGCUAGAAAUAAAGACGGCCGCUUCGAUUGCGAUGUCUGUGUGAGAACGUUUUUGUUCAAAUCGCAACUGAUAAUUCACGAGCGCGUGCACACUGGAGAAAAACCGUACAAAUGUAGAAUUUGCAGUAGCUCUUUUGCCAGCAAAAUAGUUCUCAGGAGACACGAGCGCGUGCACCCAGGCGAAAAACCGUUCAGAUGUAGCGUUUGCGAAAGAGAAUUUUCCCGGCACGACAAUCUCAAGAGACACGAGCUGGUGCACACCGGUGAGAAACAAUUCAAAUGUGAUGUCUGUACAAGAUUAUUCGCCUAUAGACAUUGCCUCAAGUUACACGAGCGUGUGCACACCGGCGAAAAGCCCUACAAAUGCUCUGUGUGUGAAAAAGCCUUUAGCACACACGAUAACCUCAAGAUACAUAAUCGCCUGCAUACCGAUGCGAGACCAUACAAAUGUAAGGUUUGCCCAAAAUCUUUCCGUAACUACACAAACCUCAAGACGCAUAAUUUCCUGCACACCGGCGAGAAACCAUAUGGAUGUUACCUCUGCGAAAAAUCUUUUAACCAGCGGCAAAACCUCAACAGACAUCACAAGAAUGUACACACUGAUAAGAAAUACAAGUGUGACAAAUGUAAAAAAUCUUUUAACCGGAAGCAUUAUCUCAAGAGGCAUCAGGAUAUUGUACACACCGACAAGAAAUACAAAUGUGAUAAAUGUAAAAAAUCCUAUAGUCGACGUGCUUAUUACAAUAAGCAUCAAGCAAAAACUAAUUGUUAAAGCGUUGUAGUAAACUUCAUCGCUUUUACUGCCAUUUUGUAGUUAUAAAAUAAAAAUAAAAUGUCUAUUAAAAUUUUUACUUUUUCGCACAA